AUAAAAAGAUCCCCCCCACAGCUGUUAGUUAAGCUAAGAAGUAUUUAAAGUGAGUAGGAAUUCCUGUUAUCUUUCAUUUGAAGCUAUUCUUUGCAGCGUUUCACCCCUGAGGAAAAAACAGACCACAUUUGUCAGUCAUGCCAAUCUUAGGAGGCGGUGCCAAAUGUGGGGCUUGUGAAAAGACAGUGUACCAUGCAGAGGAAAUCCAGUGCAACGGGAGAAGUUUUCACAAGACCUGCUUCUACUGUAUGGCUUGCAGAAAGGGUCUGGAUAGCACAACAGUAGCAGCACAUGAAUCAGAAAUCUACUGCAAGACCUGCUAUGGGAAGAAGUAUGGACCAAAAGGCAUAGGUUAUGGGCAAGGCGCUGGCGCCCUCAGCACAGACACUGGAGAACAUCUGGGCAUUGUACCACAAGAUGUAAAGCCACAACGUCCUACUGCAAAUACUGGCUCUUCUAAAUUUGCUUCAAAGUUUGGUGGAUCAGAGAAAUGUCCUAGAUGUGGCAAAUCUGUAUAUGCAGCAGAGAAAGUCAUGGGAGGAGGCCUGCCUUGGCAUAAAACUUGUUUCCGCUGUGCCCUUUGUGGAAAAAGCCUGGAAUCAACAAAUGUGACUGACAAAGAUGGAGAAAUCUACUGCAAAAUGUGCUAUGCAAAGAACUUUGGCCCAAAAAGAAUGGGGUAUGGAGCUACGGUAAACCUGGAGAGCAAUGAGUGAUCUGCAGUAAUGAAUGUUUAUCAUGACAGAUAAAGCCAUCCUUGGGGCUGUAGAAAUUCUUCAGUACAUGCUCUUUAAAUGCCAUGCUAACUAGUAGUGUUAUUCAGCGCAAUAUAUUAACCCACUGUGCUAGCAUAUCUUCUUUAUAAAAGGUAAUUGCACUUC